AUGGCUGAGACCGGCGCGAGAGACGUGCAGAACCACGUCCUGUUUGAGGUUGCGACCGAAGUCGCAAACAGAGUCGGCGGUAUCUACUCAGUCCUCAAGUCCAAGGCCCAAGUCACCACAGCUGAGUAUGGCGCUGCAUACACGCUUUUGGGUCCGUGGAACAGGGCUUCGGCGGCUGUCGAAGUUGAGCCAAUCGAGCCCAAAGAUCCGGCCUUGAUUGCUACCAUCAAGUCCAUGGACGAUCGUGGCAUCAAGAUGCUCUACGGACGCUGGCUGAUCGACGGUGCCCCACGUGUGCUCCUCUUCGAUACCGGUACCGGUUACAGGUGGCUCGACGAGUGGAAGGGCGAUCUCUGGUCUUCUACCGGUAUUCCCUCACCUCCCGGCGAUUCAGAGACCAACGAGGCCAUUGUUUUUGGUUACCUCAUCGCAUGGUUCCUAGGCGAGUACGUCUACCAUGAAAAGAAGCGAGCCGUUAUUGUUCAGUUCCACGAGUGGCUGGCAGGUGUCGCAGUCCCUCUCUGUAAGAAGCGCCGUAUCGAUGUUACCACCAUCUUCACCACCCACGCUACGCUCCUCGGUCGCUACCUCUGCGCUGGCUCAGUCGAUUUCUACAACAACCUUCAGUACUUCGACGUGGAUGCUGAGGCAGGAAAGCGCGGCAUUUACCACCGCUACUGCAUCGAGCGCGCCGCCACGCACGCAGCUGAUGUCUUCACCACCGUCUCCCACAUCACUGCAUACGAGAGCGAGCAUCUCUUGAAGCGCAAGCCGGACGGCGUCCUGCCCAACGGUUUGAACGUCAAGAAGUUCUCUGCCACCCACGAAUUCCAAAAUCUGCAUCAGCAAGCCAAGGUCAAGAUCAACGACUUUGUGCGUGGACAUUUCUAUGGUCACAACGACUUCGACCCCGAGAACACUCUCUACUUCUUCACCGCCGGUCGCUACGAGUACCGGAAUAAGGGUGUAGACAUGUUCAUCGAAUCGUUAGCGCGGUUGAACCACAAGAUGAAGAACGAGAACUCGAACAUGACGGUCGUUGCUUUCAUCAUUCUGCCUGCACAGACCACCUCUCUUUCGGUCGACUCACUAAAGGGACAGGCCGUCAUCAAGGCUCUCCACGACAGUGUAAACAACAUCGCUGAGAACGUGGCUAAGAAGCUGUUCGAGCGUUCGUUAACUUGGACAGAAGGUUCCGAACUACCGGAGGACAAGGACCUGAUCACACCCGCGGAUAAGAUCUUGCUCCGACGACGGUUGUUUGCCAUGAAGCGCCAUAAUCUUCCCCCUAUUGUUACUCACAACAUGGUCAAUGAUGCUGAGGACCCAGUGUUGAACCAACUGCGUCGCUGCCAGCUCUUCAACCACCCAUCGGAUCGCGUCAAGGUCGUCUUCCAUCCAGAAUUCUUGAACUCGGCAAACCCCGUCUUGCCAUUGGAUUACGACGACUUCGUUCGCGGAACCCAUCUUGGUGUCUUCUCAUCCUACUACGAACCUUGGGGUUACACCCCGGCUGAGUGCACCGUAAUGGGUGUUCCUAGCAUCACAACCAACUUGUCUGGUUUCGGUUGUUAUAUGGAGGAAUUGAUCGAGAACGCCCAGGAUUACGGUAUCUACAUUGUAGACCGAAGGAUGAAGGGUGUCGAUGACUCAGUCAACCAGCUUGUCGACUACAUGUUCGAGUUUACGAAGAAGAGCAAGCGCCAACGUAUCAAUCAGCGUAACCGGACCGAGCGUCUCAGCGACCUGCUCGACUGGAAGCGCAUGGGCUUGGAGUACGUCAAGGCUCGACAAUUGGCCCUUCGACGAGCAUACCCUGCGGCAUACGAGGACGAUGAUGAGCCAGAUUUCUUCAGCUCGCAAGAUGUCAAGAUCUCGCGGCCGUUGUCUGAGCCUGGGUCUCCCCGCGAUCGUUCGGGUAUGAUGACACCUGGUGACUUUGCUUCGCUCCAAGAAGGUCGCGAGGGAUUGAGCACUGAGGAUUACAUCGCGUGGAAGCUCCCUGAAGAAGAAGAGGCUGAUGACUUUACCUUCCCGCUCACUCUGAAGACGAAGAGUAAGCCUAAUUCAGGCGCAAACACCCCUACUCUGUCUACUGCGCCGAACGGUACUGACUAG